UUUUCCUGCUUUGGUUGUAUUCUACGCCACUCUCUGGUGGAUACCAUUUUGACGUGGAAUUAAACCUUUAGGGUAUAUUUUUAUACUCCUUGUGGGGGCGCAGUGUAUCUGGAUCAACAUCUACACUUUCUAUUGGAUUCGGGUCUAUUUUAUCCACAAAUAGAUCAAACGUUACGGGUAGCAGCUCAGUCAUUUAUAUCCAUUUCAUUUAGCUCUCGGGUACCGAGUUAGAGGAACCGUCAUGAGUACAAACGAGCCAGGCGACGAUGGAGCGCAACAGAAGUACGAUUUGGAGGAAGAGGAAGAGAUGCCGAUGGCAGAAAGAGAUUUAGCGGACGACGCACCCUGGAAAAGAAUCCAGCAAAACACCUUUACAAGAUGGUGCAACGAGCAUUUAAAGGUGGCCAAAAAGCAUAUUAGCAGCUUGGAAUCAGAUCUUAGUGAUGGCUUGAGGCUUAUUGCUUUGAUUGAAGUUCUGUCGCAGAAGAGGAUUUCCAAGUUCAACAAGAGGCCGACCUUCAGGUCGAUGAAAUUGGAAAAUGUCUCCAUUGCCAUCAAAUUCCUUGAAGAUCAGAACAUCAAGAUUGUCAGCAUUGACAGUACUGACAUCGUUGAUGGCAAGCUGAAGCUGAUCCUCGGCCUGAUAUGGCUCCUCAUCUUGCAUUACUCCAUCUCCAUGCCGAUGUGGGAUGAUGAGGGUGAUAUGGAUGCUGACAGGAAGAAGCAGUCACCCAAGGAGAAGCUGCUAGGAUGGAUCAAUGGCAAGGUACCUGACAAGCCAAUCAACAAUUUCAACAAGGAUUGGAACAACGCCCAGGCCAUCGGAGCACUUGUUGAUGCUGUGGCUCCAGGUCUUUGUCCUGACUGGGAGGAUUGGCAACCUAAGGAUGCUCUCAAGAAUGCCACAGAAGCAAUGAAACUGGCUGAAGAUUGGCUCGAUGUACCUCAGGUGUUGAGACCAGAGGACAUGAUAAACCCUGCUGUUGAUGACCUCAGUAUGAUGACCUACCUGUCUGCCUUCCCUAAAGCCAAACUCAAACCAGGAGCACCACUUAGACCCAAGAGUAAUGCCAAGAAGGUACAAAAUGUGCGUGCCUACGGCCCCGGUCUUGAGGAUGGUAAUGUCAUUUCUAAGCCUACUGAAUUCACCGUUGAAACAUUCGGUGCAGGCAGUGGGAACGUGGAAGUGCUCAUUAAAGAUCCUAAAGGCAACAAAGUAGAAAACACCAUCAGAGCAAACAAGGACAAGAAACAAACAUACACCGUAGAAUACACUGCCAAAAUUCAUGGAAAACACACGAUCACAAUCACCUUCAAAGGAGUUGAUAUACCUAAGAGUCCUUACACUGUCAACAUUGGUAAUAUCACAUCUGAUGCCAGUAAGUGCUCUGCUAAAGGACCUGGUCUUGAAGCUACAGGUGUCAUCCUCAACCAGAAGACAUAUUUUGAGAUCUUCACUGCUGGUGCUGGAGCUGGAACACCAACAGUGAUGAUCCUGGGACCGGACGGUAAGGAAGUGAAAGCUACAAUGACGGAUAAAGGCAAGGGUGUGUAUUACGUUGAAUACACACCUGCUACCGUGGGUAGCUACAAGGUAGAAGUCAAGUUUGCUGGUGCUCAGAUCCCCGGAAGUGUCUUCAAUGUUAAGAUUGCUCAUGCCCUGAAUUCAAGUAAAGCCUUUGCAUAUGGACGUGGUCUCCAACCCAAAGGACAGAGGGUCAAGGAGGAAUGCAUCUUUUUUGUCGACACCAAAGAGGCGGGAGAGGCUGAACUGAAAGUGCAGAUCAUUGGCCCUGGUGGCAUCGAUGAACCUGUCAAGGUCACCUACAACAACGACGGUCUCUACACCUGCAAGUAUUCUCCUUACAAACCUGGUCGCUACAUUGUAAACAUCAAGUACGGAGGGCAGCCUAUCCCCAAGGCUCCGUUCACUGUCAACAUUGGGGCUGAGCCUACUGGACCUAUUACCUUUGUACGUGCCUUUGGACCUGGCCUUGAGAAGGGUGUAGUCGGCAAACCUUGUGACUUCACUGUUGAAACCAAUGGUGCUGUUGGAGCUCUUGGAUUUGCUAUUGAGGGACCUUCGCAAGCUGAGAUCAAGUGCAAGGACAAUGGAGAUGGAUCAUGUGAAGUCACCUACUUCCCAACUGUUGAAGGAGAGUACGCUAUCCAUGUUACCUAUGAGGAAGAAGAUAUCCCUAACAGUCCUUUCAUUGCCAAGGUUACACCCAAUCCUGGUGGAUUUGAUGCAUCGAAGGUGAAGGCAUUUGGCCCAGGCCUGAAACCAGACGGUAUCGAGAUCAAGAAGAGGACUGAAUUCACUGUGGAUGCCAAGAACGCUGGCAAGGCUGAACUUGUCAUCGAUAUCAAGGACCAAUGGGGCAACAAGGUUGAAGCUGAGGUCAAGGACAACAAGAAUGGAACCUUCACUGUCUACUACACUCCAGAACAUCCUCUGAAACACACUGUGGCUAUCACAUGGGGAGGUGUUAGUAUACCUGAGAGUCCCUUCAAGGUAUCUGUUGGUGGUGGUCCGAGCAAGGUCAAGGUAUUUGGACCUGGUGUAGAGCAAGGUAUGGUGAAGGCAAAGACACCAACUCACUUCACUGUUGACUGUAAGGAGGCUGGAAAAGCUCCCAUCACGGUGGGCAUCAAGUCCAAGGCUGGAGUCAACGGUCCUAAAGAGAAGGAGAUUCCUGUCCAGGUCAAAGACAACAAUGAUGGAACCUAUGCAGCAAACUACACCCCAGAGGCUCCUGGAGAAUAUGCUGUUGGAGUCAAGUACGGAGGCACUGAGAUCCCUCAGAGUCCCAUCACUGUCGGUGUCGUUCCUGAUGUUGAUGUCGGAAAGAUCCAGAUCACUGAUCUUCAAGAAAGCCUAGAUGUAGGCAAAGAAAACUCCUUUCAUGUCGAUACUGGCAAUGCUGGUGAUGGAGAGCUGGAGGCUUUCCUCACGGGACCCGAUGAGCAAAUCGUCCCUGUUAAGGUCGUCCCAGUUGAGUCAGGUUUUGACGUCAUGUUCACACCCACGGAAGAAGGUCCACACAAGCUGGAUAUGAAGUACGGCGGAGUCCCCAUGCUAGAUAAACCGAUUUCCUUAGAAGCCGUUCCUAAACCCGAUGCCCAGAGGGUCUUGGCAGACGGCGAUGGUCUCAAGAAAGGCUUUGUUGGCAAACCUGCGGACUUCAUGAUAGACAUCCGCAACGCAGGACGCGGAGGAUUGGGUGUUACCAUCGAAGGACCAAGUGAGGCUGAAAUCAACUGCGAAGACAACCGAGACGGAACAUGCUCUGUCAACUACACACCAGACUCUCCAGGAAUCUACACCAUCAAUAUCCUCUUUGAUGGAAAUCACAUCAAAGAUUCUCCAUUCUCUGCCAAGGUUGUUGAUCCAUCACGUGUGAAGACAAGCGGACCCGGUCUUACCAAUGGAGCAUUCAUGGAUUUCCCCUGCACCUUUCAGGUGGAUUGCAGCGAGGCUGGCCCGUACUUUGAUGAUGAAUACGAUGAUGAGUAUGCCCUCCCAGUCAACAGUAUGGUAGUUGGGCCGGAUGGAGAUAUCCUAAAAGUGGACGUCAAACCGCUGGAAGAAGAUGUUUACCAGGUUACAUACUUCCCUGAGGAGGAAGGACCAGUCACUGUUGAUACUAUCUACUGUGAUCAACAAAUCCCUGAUUUCCCCAAGAAAGUAGAGGUUCAGGAACCUAUUGAUUUUGACAAGAUUCUUCUUGAUGGAGCCGGAUUGGAAAACGCUGUAUUCCUGGAGUGUCCAACUGACUUCAAGGUGGAUGCCAAGGCCCUUGAUAAACCAAUCAACAAGGAUCUCUUGAAGACAGAGGUCACCACUCCAUCAGGAAAGAAGCUCAAACCAACUAUCAAGGACAACCAAGACCAGACAUUGACAUGUUCUUAUACACCUGUAGAACAAGGAUCUCAUAAGGUUGAUGUAGCCUUUGCUGGCCAACCCCUUGGUAAGUCACCUUACACUACUGAGGCUGUCCCAGGUCACGAUGCUUCCAAGGUUAAAGCCUAUGGUCCUGGACUUCAAGCUGGUGUUACCAAGAAGCCCGCUCAGUUCACCGUUGAGACCAAGAACGCUGGCAAAGGUGGAUUAGGAAUCCUGAUUGAAGGACCAUCAGAGCCUAAGAUGACAUGUAAAGAUAACAAGGAUGGUACAGCUUCCGUUGAGUAUCUUCCAGUAGAACCUGGUGACUACGCUGUCCAUGUUACCUUCGCUGAUGAAGCUAUCCCAGGAAGUCCAUUCAGACCAUCAAUUCAGGACAGCAUUGAUGCUAGUAAGGUUAAGGCUCAUGGACCAGGUCUAUCCAAGGACGGUGUUAGAGCUAACGUACCUGCCAAAUUCACUGUGGAUGCAACCAAGGCUGGCAAAGCUCCCCUUGAUGUCACAGUCAUCCAAGAAAAAGGUGGUCCUGAGAAGGCUAAGAUCGUAGACAACAAAGAUGGAACGUUUGAUGUCACCUAUGUUCCCAAGACAGAGGGACGUUGUCAAGUUGACAUCAAAUACGAUAACAAGAACAUCCCAGACAGUCCCUUCAACACCAAAGUGCUUCCAAAAUCUGAUGCAUCCAAGGUCAAAGUAGCUGGUCCAGGAGUGCAGAAGACUGGAGUCCUAGCCAGUUUGCCUGUAGAAUUCACAGUAGAUACCAGGGAAGCCGGUGAUGCUGAACUCAUCAUUUCUAUCACUGACAAGAAUGGUAAACCAGUUAAACCUGACAUCAAAGACAAUGGUGAUGGUACCUUCACUAUCUCCUACGUACCAACUGACGUUGGCCAGUACACCGUCACUGUUACCUACGGUGGCAAGAAUGUACCAGCUUCACCAUUCAGUGUCAAGACCAGUCCUACAGGAGAUGCCAGCAAGUGCAGUAUCAUGGGUUGUAAGAGCGGCAAUUACGAGAUUCCGGUUAGACGUGGUAGCCUAAAGAGCUCAGAGAGUACGACCACAACCCGUACCACUACCACACGAACCACUACCACAAAAGAGACCAUCACCAAGACCGUAGUCGUUGAGGAAGAGACUGUCAUCAAGGUCAACUCACGGGAUGCAGGUAAAGGUCGCGUGACCUGUACAAUCACCGGUCCUAAUGGUCAAGAGAUCCCUGAUGUGAAGGUCAUUGAGAACCCUGACGGAACCUUUGAUAUCAUCUGGACAUGCCCCGCGGCAGGAAACUAUGAAGUAGAUCUGAGGUUUGGUGGUGUUUCUCUGACCGGUGGACCCAUUACAAUCUUUGCACAACCAGGACCACCUGAAGACUUGAUCCAACCAGACACCAUCCAGCAAGUCCAAGCAGCUCCAUUACAGUCCGCAAUGCCUCAGGAUUGUAGACCUCUUGAUCUGGUCAUUCCUGUGAUCGGUGCAGGAUUAGGAUGCAUCUCAGGUGAGGUCAAGACACCAAGUGGCCGAAAGGAGACUCCAGUCAUUAUAGAGAACAAAGAUGGCACCAUCACUGUCAAGUAUUCACCAUCAGAGACUGGACGUCAUGAGCUAGCUAUCAAGUACAAUGGAAAGGAUGUACCAGGAAGUCCAUUCCACUUCCACGUUGAUGAAUUGAAGAGCGGUAAUGUUACAGCCUAUGGUACUGGUCUAACUCACGGUAUCAGCAACGAACCUUGUCAUUUUAUCAUCAACACCAAGGAUGCUGGUGCAGGUGGUUUGGCCCUUGCCAUCGAGGGUCCAUCAAAGGCUGAGAUCAAAUGUGUAGAUAACAAGGAUGGCACAUGCAGUGUCACCUACUUCCCUACCAAACCUGGACAGUAUGAUAUUGUUGUCAAGUUUGCUGAUAAACACAUCCCAGGAAGUCCUUUCUCUGCUCAGAUUGUUGAUAAGUCUGGCAGUAGGAUGUCUAUUGGUACACCCAGUGAUGUUCCUCUUAAGAUCACUGAAUCAAAUCUCAACGAACUCACAGCUACUAUCCGUACACCUUCCAAACAUGAAGAACCAUGCGCACUAAAACGUCUUAAUAAUGGCAACAUUGGUAUCACCUUCACCCCUAAAGAGAUUGGUGAACAUCUAGUGAGUGUUAAGAAGAGGGGUCAAAACAUCCCUAACAGCCCCUUCAAGAUCAUUGUCGGAGCUCAAGAGGUCGGUGAUGCUUCCAAGGUCAAGGUCACAGGUCGCGGUAUCAAAGAGGCAGAAGCAGGUCAAACGGCUCAAUUCCUGGUCGAUACAAGGAAUGCUGGCUAUGGAGGUCUUGGUGUAUCCAUUGAAGGACCAAGCAAAGCAGAUAUUAACUGUGAAGAUAACGGUGAUGGUACCUGUCUAGUCACAUUCACUCCAACUGAACCAGGCACUUACAAUGUCAAUGUACACUAUGCUGAUCAAUUGGUUCCAGGGAGUCCGUUCCAGGUUGCAGUUGGUGGGGAUUCCUCAGAACUGCCAUUGAUCAGUGAGACAUUGGUUAGACCUACUAGCGCUACUCCAGUCUCUCAGGUCAAUAGUGAAUGUGAACUCACCGUCAAGAUCCCAGGCACUGAUCCACUGGAUAUGACUGCCCAGGUAACCAACCCUGCCGGCCGUACAGUGGACGCUGAGAUCAUUGACAGGCCAGACUGUAAAUACUGUGUCAAGUUUGUACCUUCAAUGGUUGGUGUACAUACAGUCAGUGUCAAGAACAAGGGCUUGCACGUCCCAGGAAGUCCAUUCAUGUUUACUGUUGGUCCAUUUGGUGAGGGUGGAGCACAUAAGGUCCAUGCUGGUGGUCCAGGACUUGAGCGAGGAGAGGUCAAACAACCAGCCGAGUUCCAGGUCUGGACUCGUGAAGCCGGCCCAGGAAAGUUGGGCAUAACAGUAUCUGGUCCAGCCAAGGCUCCAAUCAACUUUGUAGACAACAAGGAUGGAUCAUACAUGGUCUCAUAUGUACCUAGUGUACCAGGUGAAUACCAGGUUGAUAUUAAGUUCAAUGACAAGGCAAUCCCAGACAGUCCUUACAGGCCAUUUGUUGUUCCACCCCUGGGUGACGCUAGGAGAUGCAGUGUAUCCAGUCUACAGGAGCAUGGUAUCAAGGCUAAUCACCCGUGUUCAUUCGUUAUUCAACUCAAUGGUGCUAAGGGUCAUUUGAAAGCCAAGUGUAAGUCUCCCUCUGGUGCUGAGAUUGAUUGCAUAGUCACAGAGAUUGAUGAAGAAAACUAUGCUGUGCGCUUCCUACCGACGGAGAACGGUAUCCACAGUGUGGAUGUGUACUUCAAAGAUUCACCAAUCCCAGGUAGUCCGUUCAGGAUUAGAGUUGGAACGGUUGAAGAGGUCGGUGAUCCAGGUCAUGUUCAUGCUUAUGGAGAAGGAUUGGAGAGAGGAAAGACAGGAGAGAAGUGCGAGUUCAUCGUUAAUACCUGUGGAGCAGGAGCUGGUACCUUGGGUAUCCAGAUUGAUGGUCCUUCCAAGGUUAAGAUGGAUGUCACAGAGAUUGGUGAAGGUUAUAAGUGUGUCUAUGUCCCUACCCAUCCUGGAGAGUAUAUGAUCACUAUCAAGUAUGGUGGACCUACCCAUAUCACAGGCAGUCCCUUCAAGGCUAAGAUCACUGGAUCUGCAAAGGGAGGCAAGGCAGGUAGCGUUGAGUCAGCCCAAGUGAUGGUUGAAACUAUUGUCAAGACAACCACUACCACUGGGUUCCAAGCUCCAGUCUUUACAUCAGAUGCUAGCAAGGUUGUUUCAAGUGGAAUGGGCCUCAAGAAAUCAUUCUUGAACAAGAAGAGUCAGUUCCAGGUCAACUGCUCAGAUGCAGGAAACAACAUGCUGAUCGUUGGUAUCGCAGGGCCAAAGACACCUUGUGAAGAAAUCCAUGUAAAGCACACCUUUGGACAUCGCUACACUGUAACCUAUCUACUCAAAGAGAAGGGUAACUACGUCUUGGUGGUCAAGUGGGGAGAUGAGCACAUACCAGGCAGUCCAUUCAACAUCCAAUGUGCUUAGAUGCUAUUGGUAUAACCAGAGCAGUAUCUGGGAUGGCGUCUCGGCUCCGGGGUCCUUCCGGGUUUGAAGACAUCGUUAAAUUCUUCCUUGCGAUCUAUAUAUGCAAAACUGCAACGGCGUUGAGGCUUGACAUACGUAUGUGUCCGAAGACAUUUUUAUAAAGCUCCAGUUUGGAUGGAUCAUUAUUAUCAAGAAGAAAUAAAAAAGAAUACUGCCAGUCAUUCUGUGUUCUUGUGAAUGUGAUGGAUCUAAUUGUUCUUUUCUUUCCACCGUAAGUUGUGUUAUAUAUGUGAAUGAUAUAAUAAGUUGUGGACAAGCAAGUGUGAGCAAUUGCGUAUGGUCAUGUUUCAAAAUUGAUUUUAUUUUUCUUCCAGCUCAUUUUAAAUAAAGUAGCUUCCAACAUGGAACGUCGAUUGAGUGAAUGAUAUUGUAUAACCUUGUUUAGUUAAAACAAACAUAUAUGAAUGAAAAAAAAUAUGUUUAUUGCCACUAUGUGUACAAUGAUUAGCAUAAGCUAAUUUCUAAUGCAUUGAUCUACUUUGAUCUCAAAAAUGUAUCUACUUAUUAAAAAAAAGGGAAUGGUUGGAAUAAAUUUAACAAGAGGUGUAUCAUUUAUGAAGUUUAAGUGACUGAUAACCUGACUCAUUCAGAAGACUAAUGUAGAUAAUUUACAAAUGUAAAAAGGAAUUUGUUUGAAGAGUGAAGUAGUAGUCUUUCAGAAGAGUGUUUUGAAUUAGCCUAAACCAUGCACAUAGCCAAACUUGGUCUUAUUUAGGAUGAUAAAUCAUGGCCCGUUAUAUAGACAUGUUCAUUGAUUGCCUUCAUAUAAGUGAGAUUGUUAACUGUAUUACCAAAGUUUGCAGCUCGCUUUGAAAAUGAAAUUGAACGAAAGAAAUUUCCAACUUGUAUUAUAUAUUCAGUUUUGUUAGUACGGCCACCAUUGCCUGGAGAUUGUAUAGAAAAUGCAAAAUUAAUCAUUUUUUUUUAUAACACACUGCUAAGCAGGAAAAAAAAUGUAUUUUUCAAUAUUCUGAAUUACACUUUAAAGAUAAAUAUUAUUGCUGAUAUUGUAUUCUUGUAUUCAUAUUUGUUAAACUUUUGAUAAACAGUGUUUCAAUACAACAACAGUAGUAUAACUCAUCUCAUUGAUAAUUUAUUUAUUGUAACCUAUUCAAUCAUUAAUAUGGUUUAGGGAAUAAUUUCAAUGAUAUUAAUCUACUUAAUGGCAGUUUAUGACAAGAACAAAUUUAGAAAUUAUUAUUAUGAAGCUAAUUUAUACAAAUUUAGAUAUAGUAGAAGCUAAAGAAAGAAUUUGCAAAUUAUUUUGUAUAUAUAUAUAAUUGUGAGUCAGACUUGCAAAAAGUUUGUAUUUGCAAAGAUGCAUUUAAUAAGAAUGUUAUUUUAAUGACUUAUAUUGGAAUUGAUGUAUCGUAUGAUGUGUUAUAUAUUUUUGUGGUACACGCAUUCUUCGUUAAAUGUUCUUUUUCAAUGUUUUUUUCACUUUUUUAAGUUUCUUUUUUUUUUUAUAAUUUGGGACUAUGGUUUGGAAUUCAGUACUACCUGUGUAUGUAGCACUUACUUCCUGGGGAUCAGGUAAGGGGGGCAUUUAUCUCAUAGAAAAGGUAGCUUAGAAGGAACAAAAGCAAUAAGAAAUUAGACUCAUUUAUAUUAUCUGUGUGACUAAUGUCAAUUAUAUGUGAGGUAUCAUUUUCGAAAGGAUUGCAUCUCGUAAAAACAAAAUAUUGUGCAAAAUAUUGACAUAUUGUUAUAUCGUUUUUGUUUAGUAGCAUAGAUGGCUGAAAAGAGUGAUUACUUGCUAUUUCGUGUAGAUUUUUUUUUACUGUGAAUAUAUAUUAAAACAGCAUUAAUAUUAUUGAAUUUUAUUAUAAAGCACAGCUUCUUUUUUUGUUAUGUAAUUGUUAUUUUGUAGAACAAAAUGCAAUGCUUGUUUAGAUUUCAUGCAAUUCAAAGAAAUCAAAUAAUGUAUAACCUUAAGAUCUUUACGCUUGAAUUGUCAUAUAAUAUAGUGAAGCUUUACUAAUGUAGUUAUACCAAAAAAAAAAUAGAUUAUUAUUUAGCUGAUUUGUAGAAUUUAUGUGAAACUACAUAUUCUGAUUAUUGCAGUAAGAUAUUAUUUGCCACAUUGUUCACAAUGAAAUAGAUAACUAUUGGGAAUAUAUAAGAUGGAAAAUGAAUUCUGGUUAUGUAAUGGGUUUGAGAUCAGUAAUCAGUGGUGAUACAAUGGAAUAGCCCAGCAACGGAAAAAUAAAAAAACUUUUGCAUUAAAAGGGA